CCGUACGGUUCGGGUCUGUUUUGUGCUGUCGUCUCUGUGCUCUGCGCUCCGCCGCUAUUUUCGUGUGUUUUGUAUCGGGUCGUCUGUCGAUUGUGUGUUGUCGCGAGAAGCGAAGACCGGAUUUAUCAUCGAUCAAUGAUACGGACGAUGAUUUGUGCGAAUUCGACAAUGGUGUCGCGUGAGAAAUGAUAUCAAUUUGUGGGAUUACUAAGCUGAUUACUUGCAAUUAGUGGCGAAUUCGAUCCGUGAUUACUGAAGAAAAGUGUUUAUAUUCCGCUGUUUGUGCCCCGAAGAAACAACCGAAGUGAGUGAGUGAGUGAGCGGGAGCAGGUGUGUAGAGCCCGAUCAGAAGGCGAUCUCAGGUGCGCUGGAAAGAGAUAGGUGUUUGGAGCGGGCGCGUGUGUUUGUGUGAGAGCACUCGCAGGUUCAUUUUGUGGUGCUUCAAAGUGUCAUAAUAUUGUUUAUUUCGCGAAGGCCGGCACUUGCGAUGAUUCGGAUUCGGCUGAGACCGGUGUAAAUAUUUUGAUUAUGAGUGGAUGAUAACAGCGGUGCGGAUUGAUUCUACCUGUGAGGCGCCUUGACUGACAGUCGCGCAGAAAGAGUUCUCGUGAAAGAUAGAAAUAACUUUCAUUGGGAAACGGAGAAAACGAAAGAGUUGAAGUAAGCUCCAUCGCAGCAGCAAUAACAAAGCGUUGUGUCGAGAUGACGAAUUUAUGUGUGUACUUUGGAUUAUGUCUGGCGUUUGCGGCCGGCGGCAGUGCGCAUCUGAAUCUGUAUCUGAACCAGCUGGAAGUCAUGAGAUUACUCGGUCUUUCGGCGGAAUUGUAUUAUGUCCGGGAAGGCCAGGUCAACGAAUAUGCGCUUCACUUCACAGUUCCGGUUCCAGCCACCGUACAGGACAUUUCUUUCACGUGGCAAAGCUUGGCAGAGAAACCGCUUCCCUACAAGAUAAGCAUUGUCACUUCGGAUCCAUUGGUUCUACCGAAACCCUCGAUGAACAUCUCCCGGGUGGGGGAGAUCCCCACCCAGAUCGAGACAUUCGCGAUCGCCCUCAAGUGUGCCGGUCCGGAUCCGGCCGAGGUUGAAGUCACGAUCACGAUUGAGGUCACCCUCAACAGAGCUACUGGCAACGCGACCGAGUUGGUUUUCCGACGGAAGAAGAUUUGUCUGACCAACGAGCAUCCAGACGCCAACCAGCCGGAUCCUUACUUGCUGGAAACGGUAACCCACUCCCAGAACGGUCUGAUCACACUCAUCGUCGGAGGCAUCCUGGCGAUCGUACUGGUCGUCGUUCUGAUCUCGAUCGCUUAUUGUGCCCGGGGCUCGAUGAAGCGCAAACCCCACCACGCACAACCAGUGCGAACCUCAAGCUUCCAGCGACUGCAAACCCAUCCCCCUUCGGCACCAUCCUCGAUCGUUUCCCCACCCUCGAUCGCCCCUACCAUCGCAACCCUGUCCCGAAGCAAAAUCUACGCCAACGUCGAACAGGAGGAGCUCCAGCGACGCAUCUCCGAGCUCACCGUUCAACGGUGUCGAGUUCGUCUGUCCUCUCUGCUACAGGAGGGUACGUUUGGUCGGGUCUACCGUGGUUCCUACAAUGACAGUCAGGAAGUGUUGGUUAAAACGGUUAGCCAGCAUGCCUCCCAAAACCAGGUUUCGAUGCUACUGCAGGAGGGAAUGAGUUUGUACGGCGCUCAACAUCCUGGAAUUCUAUCGGUGCUGGGGGUUUCCAUCGAGGAUCACACGGCGCCCUUUCUGCUCUAUCUAGCGCCGGAGAACAUGAGAAAUUUGAAGAUCUUCCUGCAGGAACCCGUUGCUCGAACGAUUACCACCAUCCAGAUAGUGAAGAUUCAGCUGCAGUUGGCACAAGCCUUGGGUCAUCUUCACAGUCACGGUGUGAUCCACAAGGAUAUUGCUGCCCGGAAUUGUGUUAUCGAUGAUCAGCUGCGGGUGAAGCUGGCGGAUAAAUCGCUGUCACGUGACUUGUUCCCCGGCGAUUACUACUGCCUGGGUGACAGCGAGAACAGACCCAUCAAGUGGUUGGCCUUGGAAAGCAUCCAGUACAAGCAGUUCAGUGAAGCUUCCGACACGUGGGCCUUCGGAGUGCUAAUGUGGGAGCUGUGCACUCUUGCGCGGCAGCCUUACGCAGAGGUUGAUCCGUUUGAAAUGGAACAUUAUCUCCGCGAUGGAUACCGAUUAUCACAGCCCAUCAACUGCCCUGAUGAAUUGUUCUCAAUCAUGGCCUACUGCUGGACGAUGCUUCCACUGGAUCGGCCCUCGUUCGAACAGCUCCAGGUUUGCCUGCAGGAUUUCUACGCGCAGAUCACUCGGUAUGUCUAGUGUUUACCCAACGCCGCAACCACUGCGGUAGUACCUCUCGUCAAAGAUCCUGGACCGAAAGAACUGCUGCACCAGCAGCAGCCCUCGCAGUCCUUACAGCAGCACCAGCAGCGGUUCUACAGGUUCCCUUCGAAGCGGUCGCUUUCACUUAGUUUAAGUCUUCGGGUAAAAAAUCGCCAUAACUCUGCUGUUACUAACACCACAACCACUACUCUGGAUGGUACCAAAAGCAACAACAAUCACAUCUACGAGUGUCCUCCGAACGCGGCGAUAACCACUACACAAACACUUCCACUGCCGACGCCGAACGGUGGAGCCUCGUGACAUAAGCCAAAGGUGGCCUCCACCAUCGGAAGGGGUGGACCACUAGCUACGAUCCGUGAGUCCCGCAAGACUCGGGGCGAAAAGUCCUCGAAACACACCAGAAGUAGCACACAAUCAAACAAGGAGACAAAUAAUGGUCACGCUUUUGUCAUACACUGUGGUAAUGGCGGUACAAGUGGUAAAUGAUGUUUGCAGGAGAUGAAGCAGCUCAUAACGGCGCUAUGAUAUAAAGCCCUCUUGCAUCCAAUCGAAAGCACUCUCAUACAGACACAGACACUCAAACACAUAAUUCGUGCCAAAAAUAUUACUAGAAUACGUAGGAUAGAAAUCGUGGGUAUCUAUUAAUCACAUUACACUCCAACCUCUGUUAGCUCUGGGAUAGUUUGAUUUUUCCAGGCGAUGAAAAGGGGUGAGUAAAAACACAGAAUAACGCAUUUCCAUCAUCAUAUUUAAUUAACCGUACAAUUUACCGAUUCAUAUCCAUUCCCGUGAUUACGAAAAAAAAAAUAUCCUAUUCACAAUGCGUGUGAAGUUGUAAAAAUUCGUUGUAAAUAUUUAUUUCGCCCUAAGAGAGAGAGAGAAAGAGAAGUUUAAAACCAAUACUUUUAAUCCUUCAAUCAAAACAACAACACAUGAUGCAUCACAAGAAGUAGAAUCGUUUAUCUUUAUUGGUGACCCCAUAUUUCCGAUUCGCCUCAUCAAUCUCUAGCUAUCGAAUGUCAUUUUUUAUGGAAGAACAUUACUCUCAUAACCACAGCACAGAAGCAGCAUCUUUUUAGUAGCAAGCACACCCACGCAAUACCGAGAUUCGUAGACUGAGUCAGGAAAAAAGAGGAGGAGAAUGAGGAUAACGAAAAAGAAAGUCAUCGCUCUGUUUGUGUUUACGCGCGGAACAAAGUAAUUAAACGAGAAGAUAGAUAGAAACGCUUCCUACGCUCUGUGCAGCGCAUUGUAAAACCGUUACGCGGUGUAGCAUCCUGUAAAUAUCCUGUACAGAAAAAAAGUUCGUUACCUUCCUUCUUCCGCUUUCGAGUCCGUCACGAUUGUUGUCUUCGAACGAUUGAUUGUAUGAUUGGUUGAUGAUUGAUUCCGAUUUUUGUUGUCUGGUUUGGCCUUGAGCAUAAGAUGUGGCGAGAAUGGGGAGGAUGGGAUGGCGACGGGAACUCACUUCUUUUUGUUUUUGUUUUGAGCAGAACUGCGGAAUUUAAAUUUUGUUGAUGACGAACAGACAGAUUGAUGAUCAAUAGUUUUAUAGAAGAGAGAUUGGAAAGUAGGAAAGAGAAAUCGUUUUUGUAUAUCGUAAGCCAUGUGUGGUUAGAGUAGAAUAGGAAGAAAUAAAAUGCAAGCUAUCGAGAUACAAGCAAAGAGUAAUAUUAUGUUGACGUAUUUGUAGGGAUUUGUAAAAGUAACUGUAAUAACGGAACUAAUCAG